CGUGAAGCUACCUGUUGAAAAUAUUCAAUGGGUUAAAUGCAUCAAAUAUUCAUCAUUUACUUCACCAGCAGAAGAGUUGAAACAUUACACACACUGGAUAUUGCGGCUAGUAAAAGAAAACAAACAGGAAGAACAACAAGAAGAGAUAGUAUGGUGUGACCACACAAGGAAGACAUUGUUUUGCUUUAUGUUACAAUCUUCAAAACGCAAGACUUCAGCAUUGAACUGGGAUAAUACACACCAUGCAGUGCCAGAAUCCUUGCUCUGCUAACAGCAUAUACCCAAACCUAAUUCAUGAAAGUCUCGACCCUGAGUCCAAGAAGAACCUUGCUGCGUAUUUCUGUGAGGGUUGCUUCAAAGAUAAUGAAUGUAUCAACUCGUCAAACGUUGAACAAUUUCUCGCCAUAUCACGGCAGCUUCACCAUGAAAAAUUACAGCAGGAAUGUGAAAACUUUCUCAGAAGUAACAGUAUGUGCCGACGACUCAGCAUAGAACCGAGAUCAAACAAGGAGGCCUCCCGAUACCAGUUAAUGUUUACUGGACAUAGAGAAGACCGAUCGUCUGGUCCUCUUGAUCUCCACCUGUAUGAUUGUAGAAAGAACUUUCAGAAAACCUGUCGGAUACCAGAACUUUCCGGUGUAAGAUCUGGAUGUGCAGUUUGCUGCUUGCAAGAGCAUGGCAAUGACGCACCUCAUAUGUACAUUUCUGGGGGUGGGAAAGGUUCAGGAGACGUGUAUCAUUGUGACAUUGUGAUGAACAAAAGGAAGAAGUGUUCAAAACGUCUAGUGAAGGGUAGAUCUCAACACUGUAUGACAUGUGUUCAGAACAAACUAUAUGUACUGGGAGGGAAAUGCAGCAAAGGAGAAGCGAUUCGUUCGGUCGAAGAAUUCAUUCCAAGACGUCAUUCCUGGAAGAUGGCGGGAAAUCUAGAAAUAGCGAUCCACAGUGCUACAGCAAUUAAGCACAAUAACCAGAUCUACGUGUUUGGGGGGAUUUUAGACAAUGGAAAAGAAACCAAUCUUGUUCAACUAUAUGAUCCCACAAGAAAAACAUGCAAACUUUUGGCCAGCCUCCCCUUUCCUACAACAGGUGGCCAGGCGGUCGUGCGAAACGGAAAGAUCUUCGUCACUUGUGGCAGUGGGCGCCUUGUUUCGUAUGAUCCAGAAUCAAACAGACAUGUUAUCUGUACACAAAUGCCAGUAUGUUGUACAAACUUUGCAAUGUUUGUGGAAAAAGAAGGUGUUUUCUUUGCUGGUGGCAAAUCUCAGAAUGACAAUAACGCUCUAAAAACGGUGUAUGUGUAUUCGCCCGAAAACUGCACGUGGCACGUGUCAGACAAAGAAUUGUGUGCGCCACUGUCGGUAUUUGGUACGUGUUCAGUAGAAAUCCCGGCUGAUUAUGGUCUUGUUCCAUUUUUCAGCUAAGUACUUGCACAAGAAACUUUUCGUUGUAGAUCAGCAUAUAUCCAGUGAUAAUAUAUAUUUACUUUUUGUGAUAAAAUUUUAAUCUUCUCUUUUGUAAAAUAACUUAAGCAUAUUUAUUUUGUUAUUCUGAUAUGACUUCUAUUUUGGUGCUCAUUUAUUUUCUUUUAAGCAUGUGCAAUAUAUUUUUCUUAAUUGUCUUCUCUCUAAGUCCAAGCAAACUGUAAUCAAUUUGUGUACAUAUAUGGUUAUCUAAGUAUAUAAAUGUUUGAGUACAUAUAACACUGUAUUUUAUAUAUGUGACAAAAUAAAAGAUUGAAAAA